AGGCAUCUCAAGUUGAACUAUGUCAACCUGUCAAUGGUCGGAUCUCAUUGGAUGGAGGUAUUCAACAAGCUUUCAUUUUUAACAGAGUUGCACCUACAAGAUUGUGGGCUCUCUGGUUCAAUUUCAUCUCUAAACUCUAUCAAUUUUACUUCACUGUCUAUCAUAAGCAUCAGUGGCAACUCUUUCCAGUCAAAGUUCCCAAUAUGGCUUCUAAACCUUAGCAGCCUUGUAUACAUUGAUGUAAGCUCUAAUCAGUUAUAUGGGCAGAUUUCACCUGGCCUUGGGGAACUACCUAACUUGCAGCACUUGGAUCUAUCUUGGAAUGAAAAUCUCACAGGUAGUUGCUCUCAACUGUUAAGCGGAAGCUGGAAGAAGAUAGAAUUUCUGAAUUUGGCAAUCAAUAAAUUUCUUGGUACAAUUCCAACCUCCAUCGGAAGUUUUUGCAACUUAAAACAUUUGGAUUUGGGUAUCAAUACCUUGACAGGAAGUUUCUCUGAGUUUCUCGAAGAUAUCAAAAAUUGCAGUUCUGAAGGUCCUUUACCAGAACUGGGGUAUUUGGACUUGUUCGGGAAUCAAUUAGUGGGCAGAUUGCCAGAACGGUUGAGUCAGCUGGAAAAACUUACAUAUCUGGAUCUAUCUGGUAACAAGCUUCAAGGCCCUAUCCCUGCUUCUUUUGGGACAUUCAAAAAUCUGAAUGUAAUGAGGCUUGGAUGGAAUGAACUGAAUGGGAGUCUCCCAGUUAGUUUUGGACAACUUUCUGAAUUGGUUGUAUUGAAAGUUUAUGGGAAUCGCUUGACUGGAAUUCUUUCUGAAGAACAUUUUUCAAAGUUAAGUAAGUUGAAGUCUCUGUGGAUGGAUGGAUAUUCAGGUCUCGUUUUGAAUGUUAGUUCCACCUGGGUCCCCCCAUUCCAAAUCACUGAUCUGAGUAUGGCUUCAUGCAAUUUAGGCCCUUCAUUCCCGACUUGGCUUAGGUCUCAAAAGGAGCUCUCCUAUCUAGAUUUGUCAAAUGCUAGCAUCUCAGGUUCCAUACCCAAGUGGUUUUGGAAUAUUUCUUUCAAUCUGCAGUACUUAAUUCUUUCUCACAAUCAGUUACAAGGUCAGCUACCAAAUUCAUUAAAAUUUUCUCCUGGUAAUCGUGUAUAUAUUGAUUCCAUGUAAACACUUGUUUUUAAAAAAUAUUUUAAAUUAUCUUUUUU